UAUUACCCCAACUCCUGACAUAGGCCCCAGUGAUGUUCCAGUUUACCCAUCUAUGCCCCCCUAAUCUGAGAACUGGCACCCUGGCUGUGAGGUCCAGCUGGGGUGAUGGCAAGGUAAUACAUGGCUCAGGGGCUCUUGCAGUUCCUCCCCAGAGCUAUUCCUGGCCUGGGUGUCUCCCUACCCCCCUGUUCCCCUGCCUGACCUGACCCUACAGCUGGGAAUGGUUUUCUGUGGGUGGGGCAGCUCCUGCCUAUAUAAGCCUGAACCUAGGUGGCCCAGGCACCCUGGAGGCUAAGAUUCUCCAUUGCUGACCCCUGCACACUCCAGCCUGACCUCCUGGCCAGCUCAGAAAUGACAGGAAAAGCCAACUCUGAGGGCCCUGUCUCUAGUCCAGAGAAGAUAGCACCUGACUCUACCAAGGCGCCCACCACAGAGCCUUCUGGAGAAGUGGCAGCAGCAGAGUCUCCCGAGCAACAGCAGGAUCCAGAACCUCAGAAGCCUGGCUCUCAGACUCUGGACCCUGAAGCUCCUGCAGCCCCCGCCACCCUUGCAACCACUAAGCCUGAACCUCCAAGUGAAGAUGUCCCCAGUGUCCCACUGCAGCUAACCGUGGAGGAUGUGAGCCACAGCUCCUUGACCGUGAGCUGGGAGCCCCCUGAGAAGCUGGGGAGGCUGGGGCUCCAAGGCUAUGUGUUGGAGUUCUGCCAAGAGGGAGCCUCAGAGUGGGUGCCUGUGAAUGCCCGGCCUGUAAUGGUGACCCAGCAGACAAUACGGAACCUGACUCUGGGAGACAAGUUCUUCCUACGUGUGGCUGCAGUGAGCUCUGCAGGGGCUGGGCCACCGGCUGUGCUGGACCAGCCUGUCCACAUCCAAGAGAUCACUGAAGCCCCCAAGAUCCGUGUUCCCCGCCACCUCCGUCAGACCUACAUCCGCCAGGUGGGAGAGCCAGUCAACCUGCAAAUCCCCUUCCAGGCGAAGCCUAAGCCACAGGCCACUUGGACCCACAAUGGCCAGGCCCUGGAUACCCAGCGGGUGAAUGUGCGCAGCGGGGACCAGGACACCAUCCUCUUCAUCCGUUCGGCUCAGCGCUCAGACUCAGGCCACUAUGAGCUCACUGUGCAUCUGGAAGGCUUGGAAGCCAAGGCCACCAUUGACAUCCUGGUGAUUGAGAAGCCUGGACCCCCAAGCAGUAUCAAGAUAUUGGAUGUCUGGGGUUGUAAUGCUGCCCUUGAGUGGACUCCACCCCAGGACACAGGCAACACAGAGCUCCUGGGAUAUACAGUGCAGAAGGCAGACAAGAAGACAGGGCAAUGGUUCACAGUGUUGGAACGCUACCAUCCCACCACCUGCACCAUCUCCGAUCUCAUCAUUGGCAAUUCCUACUCCUUCCGGGUCUUCUCAGAAAACCUGUGUGGCCUCAGUGACUCAGCCAUCACCACCAAGGAGCUGGCUCACAUCCGGAAGACAGAUAUUGCUGCCAAACCUAAAGGGUUCAUUGAGCGAGACUUCUCAGAAGCCCCCUCAUUCACCCAGCCCCUGGCUGACCACACCUCUACCCCUGGCUACAGUACUCAGCUGUUCUGCAGCGUUCGAGCAUCACCUAAGCCCAAGAUCAUCUGGAUGAAAAACAAGAUGGACAUCCAGGGCGACCCCAAGUACCGUGCUGUUUCUGAGCAAGGGGUCUGUACCCUGGAGAUCCGGAAGCCCAGCCCCUUUGAUUCUGGGGUCUACACCUGCAAGGCCAUCAAUGUGCUAGGGGAGGCCUCUGUGGAUUGCCGGCUGGAGGUCAAAGCCUCUGCCACACACUGAAGAGCAUCAUGGGCAGAGACUAGAUAAGGAGACAGGUAAAUGGCUGAACACCCCUUAGCUACCUCUAGUGGGAGCACAGUAGCAGAAAGCAGGCUGGGAGCAGAGGGGUGGAAUGGGGAGGGAAGGCAGUAGACAAAUCUAAGUACAGUUUUGUAGUUGUAGGCCACUAACAUGCAUGUUAAGUCACAUAAAGACAUCGCAGGGCUGGGCCAUGAUGGUAAGGCCUGGAAGGGAGUGGUGUGCUUGGUGGUCACAAGACAGGGAUCUAUUCCUAGCUUUGAGUGACUGUAAACAUGGGCAUUCUCUUUGAACCUAUUUCUUCAUUAGAAAAGUAGGGACACAGCCCCUGCCUUGUCUCCCUCACCUGGUGGUUCUGAGAUUCUGGAUAAACUAGGAAGUUUCUAGAUCUUCAGUGGGCAAAGCUCAGCACUGGGCAUUGAGCCUAGGGAAGGACAGUGAUGGAAAGAGGUAGCUCUCUACCCCUGUCCCCUACCAUCUCUUCUGGCAGCUUGGUCACACACCAGGGCUCAGAAGUACAUUCUCUGCCGGGUCCUACAGGCCUGAUGAUCAAGUCCCCUCAACCCAAAAUGUCUCCAUGGAUACUCAAGACCUGCAUUUCCAUAGGAACAGCUAAAGAACUGCCUCUGGUACCUGAUGACUUCUCUCCAUCAGAGUCUGGAGUUCAGACCCAGGAGUGGGCUUGGCAGGCCCCAGGCCAGACCUUGUGGGUGCAAGAGGGCCCCAAAGAUGCAGAGACUGGUGGCCCCUGCGGAGUUGUGCACUGAGUGAGAAGUAUUCAAAUAAAGGUGUGUGGUGUUACAGCACGGGGCUUCUGUGGCAGCAAAUGUUCUGGUAAGUGAGAAGAGACUAUGUCACCAUGAGGAAAGUACCAAAAGGAAGGGUCCCAUGAUGACACAGGGCAUUUUCUGGACAUGUAUAUGUUCAGGAUCUUGCUGUCUGAUUCAUGAUGUGCUAUCACAAGUGUGUAACUAUAGCAACAGACACACCAUGUCUGGAAACUU